UAUUGCUCUCGCGAUACAAGCUAUCACUAUGAUGUUUGCAUGCAGUAUUUAUUAGCAGCAGUCUCCCUCUACAGUUCGACUCAGUUGGUAAACGCAUUGCUGCUGUAAGGAGGCAUUUUCGACAUUUCUUCUUUGACAGCACAUCAUCCUAUGUUUUGGAAAACAACUAUUAGCAACAGAGCAGAGAGACGCGGACUGGCAAAGGGAGGAGAAAAAUUAUUCUCCAACAAUCCCUCCGCGCGAGUUUCCCCCGCAGAAGCAGCCGGAUCUGAGGUGAAGUAGAGCAGACCUUCCUCUCCCUGCCAACCAGAGGGAAUCACGACUGCAGUUUCUGGCACACAGACACUUUUUACCUCCGUCAUGCAGUUCUCCACUUAUCUCGUUUUUUUGUCAGUCUUUCUCAUUGCUCUCAUCCCAGCCUGCUUUUCACAAAAUGAUGGCGACCUUGUUAAUACACAUAGUGGUCUAGUUCAAGGUGCGCGCUUACCGGUGCCAGAUGGGAGCUAUGUCACAGCUUUCCUCGGCAUCCCUUUUGCUGAGCCACCACUGGGUAAGCGUCGCUUCCGUCCUCCUGAGCCGAAGCGAAGAUGGACAGGGAUUCUUGAGGCUAAUGCCUACCCCAACGCCUGCUACCAGUUUGUGGACACAUCGUACCCGGGCUUCCAGGGCACUGAGAUGUGGAAUCCUAACAGAGAGAUGAGCGAGGACUGCCUGUACCUUAACAUCUGGGUGCCUGCCUCGCCCAGGCCCCACAAUCUCUCGGUUAUGGUGUGGAUCUAUGGUGGAGGUUUCUACAGUGGCUCUUCUUCUCUGGAUGUGUAUGAUGGCCGUUACCUUGCUCACACUGAGACGGUCAUUGUGGUCUCCAUGAAUUACCGUAUUGGAGCCUUUGGUUUCCUCGCUCUUCAUGGCUCUUCAGAGGCUCCUGGAAAUGUCGGCCUGCUGGACCAGAGGUUGGCAUUGAAGUGGGUGCAAGAAAAUAUCCAUUCCUUCGGUGGAAACCCCAAACAGGUGACUAUCUUCGGUGAGAGUGCUGGCGGUGCUUCAGUCGGGUUCCACCUGUUGUCUCCAGACAGCAGACCUUUUUUCACAAGGGCCAUCCUUCAGAGCGGGGUCCCCAACGGUCCGUGGGCCUCUGUCAGCCCUGCUGAGGCCAGAAGACGUGCCACGCUUCUGGCAAAGCUUGUUAACUGUAAUGGAGGCAACGACACUGAGCUGGUGGACUGUCUGCGCAAUAAAACUCCACAGGAGCUUAUCGACCAAGAAUGGCUGGUUCUGCCAUGGUCAGCUCUGUUCCGGUUCUCCUUUGUACCAGUUGUGGAUGGUGAUUUUCUUCCUGAUACUCCAGAAGCAAUGAUUAACUCAGGCAAUUUUAAAGACACUCAGAUUCUUCUUGGUGUCAACCAAGACGAGGGUUCUUACUUUCUGCUGUAUGGAGCGCCGGGAUUCAGCAAGGACAACGAAAGUCUAAUUUCCAAAGAAGACUUCCUGGAAGGUGUACGAUUGAGCGUACCGCACGCAAACGAUAUCGGCUUGGAGGCGGUGGUGCUGCAGUACACCGACUGGAUGGAUGAGAAUAACGGAGUGAAAAACCGCGAUGCCAUGGACGACAUUGUUGGCGAUCACAAUGUAAUUUGCCCACUGGCACAUUUUGCUCGUUCUUAUGCACAGCACCACACUCUAAAGGCGAACCUGGGCAUGAUGAACAGUGCAGGAAACUCACAAGGCGGCGUGUACCUCUACCUGUUUGACCACCGGGCUUCUAAUUUAGCCUGGCCGGAGUGGAUGGGAGUCAUCCAUGGCUAUGAAAUCGAGUUUGUCUUUGGGUUGCCACUGGAGAAGAGACUCAAUUACACCACCGAAGAGAAGAAUCUGAGUCGGCGCAUGAUGAAAUACUGGGCAAACUUUGCACGGACAGGGAAUCCUAACGACGGGCUGCUGGACACUAGGAAACGCUGGCCUUUGUUUACGGCGAAUGAGCAGAAACAUGUCGCACUCAACACCGACCCUCUUAAAAUCCACAAAGGUUUGCGCAACCAGAUGUGUGCUUUCUGGAACCGCUUUCUGCCACGCCUUUUGAACAUCACAGGCAACAUCGACGAGGCAGAGCGUCAGUGGAAGGUGGAGUUUCACCGCUGGUCCUCCUACAUGAUGCACUGGAAGAGUCAGUUUGAUCACUACAGCAAGCAGGAGCGCUGCACCGACCUCUGAGAGUUUCACCGACCUCCGUCACGCUGUGGAGACAGAGAAAGAUAGACGACUUGUUUAAUUUUGUCUCACUGACUUUGUUCCUGUUUGGUUUCUCAACACACAAGCUCACUCUUUUUAUUCUUAUUUAUAUUAUUUAUAUUAUUUAAAUUAUUUAUUGAUGUGUUGUUUCACUGAAUGUGGGUUUCUGUGUCUGUAAAGGGAAAACGCUGAAGGAAACUAAUCAUGAAGACUAGAUGUUACCAUCUGCGUGUGUGUGUGCGUGUGUGUGUGUGUGUGUGUGUGUGUGUGUGUGUGUGUGUGUGUGUGCGCGUGUGUGUGUGCAUGUGUGGGUGUGUGUUUGAAUUGCUUGAAAGCUCUGAGUUUAACUCUGAUCCUGAUCAGUGUGACACCAGUCCAUGGGGGGUGGGAGGUUAUAUAUUUUUUCCUCCUCUUCACAGUAUUUCAUCAGAAUAAACAUUUGCUUCAUGACGUUUCCUUCCCUGCAUCCCUGUACAUCGUCUGUUUGAGCAGUUACAAAUGUGUUUUACUUUUGUUACAGUCCCAGUGUCCUAUAUUUUAUUUUUAGUGCUUUUAACACCGCUAUACUCAUCAUUUGUGAUUUCUUUGCUUACUCAUAGCAACCUGGGUUUUAAAGUCAUACGCAGCAUUACUCAACAUGUCUCAAUAUUUCUUUACCUGUCAGGUUUAGUUUGCUUUCUCCAUCUGCACUCUCCUCCUCUUAUGUCCACUUCGUUGUUCAUUCCUAACUCAUUUUGACCUGUUGUCUUCCUCUCUAGCCCAUCAUCCACCCACUUUCUGGUCUUUCCUGUCUCUUCCUUUUGCUCUUCACUUGUUCCACAGAAACCUUUUUCUACUCUCCCAUCUCUUAGCUGCGUCCCCUCUACCGUCUCUCUGGGCUGCAUCUCUGAUCCAUCCUUCCUUCCUUGUCCUCCUCACAUUUUUAUCACCACCCACAUUUCCAUCUCCUUUCUUGUUAGUCUAAUGGAGGCAGAGUAAUUCACUCAGCAGAAAGAUAAUGUGACAGAGUGCUAGCUCAGCCUCUGGCCUGCCAGCCAGCAUGAUUCGAUGAAUUGAUGCAAAAUGGAAGAGAGAGGAGGCAAGGACGGAAGAGAGGUGGAGAUGUGGGGGACAGAAGAAAAGCAAGCAUUGCAUAAUCUUUUAUUUGUGUCUUUUUUUCCCUCUGGCACUAAAAAUGUGACUGAACUGGAAAUUACAUCCAGUAUUUGUUGCACCCACCAUUUCCAGAGCUCUCUAAUCAUUAUAGUUCUUCAUUGCCAACAGUCUCUGUUUGCUUCAUGGAGCCAGAUUUCUCCUAGUUCUUUGUCUUUGCCUGUACUUAGCAUAUAAUAGUCUUUGGAGCCCCUAGUGGCCAAAGCAGCUUUUCAUAACACUGAUGUCUGUCCCAAAGAAUGACUUCAAGAUUUUAUAUGUUAUAAAAAAUCUGGUGUUGGAGCAAAAUAAAGUUGUGUUGUGUUGUGGGCACAAUCUCAGUUCUACUCUGACACUGAUCUCAUCUAAAACAUUAUGGCUAUGAUUCUCACAGACACAGCAUAUUUUUAGUUAAUUUAAUUUAAGACCUUUGUGAUUUAGUCCAAAACAUUAGAUCAAUAUUAUUUUUUUUAAUUAUUUUGUCAAAGACUGUCAUUCAAACAGCUAAUGGUGUCCUCUACAAACAUCUAUCUCUGUAUUGACUAAGAGUGAUUUUAGUAAAGUCAAACAAAUCUGUAAUUUUAUGUAUUUGACAGAUCAUGUUGUUCUUUACAUUCAAAAUAAAACUUUUUUUUUUGAUCAGCCCAGGUCCUCAGAGUGACAUGUUCUGGUCUUCACUCUGCCUGUUUAAGUUCAAAAGAAAUAGAAAAUUCAUUUCAUUCAUUUUUUCCCCUUUUCAUUAGCAUUUCAUUAACCUCCACUUGAGUGCAUACAAUGUGUAUGAGUGAACAGAAUCAGCUUUUGAGGGUUAAAAAGAUUUAAUUAGGGUAAAGAGUUAUGUAAAGGUUUCUUUUACACAAGUGGUAAAACAAACAGGUGUGUGUGUGUGUGUGAGACGUUAAAUCUCACUGUCCUAUUUGAGUUCUGACUCACAAGCACCUUUGUUGGCAUGUGAAGCUCCUUUUCGUGGAUCUGACUUGUGUUGCCGGCUUUAAAAAGAAGUACAUCUAAAAAAAAAAAAAAAAGAUUGUACCUUGUAUCUACUACAAGUAAGGACUGCAUGUCAGAGGCUGUAUGAGAGACAAAGUCCUCCACUCUUAUUUAAUGGAAACGCUGCCUAUGUACCUCUACCACUGUCCUUCAAUACAACUGUUGUGCAUGUCCUGAAGUCUGUUAUCCCCAGAUUAUCCUGCCAAACUCCGACUGUUAUUUGCUGUAGAAUUUGUACUGUACACAAAACUAUUAUACAGCUAAGUCAUUUUAACAUAUAUUGAUAGCUAUGUUUGAUGUUAGCAAUAACAUAAAUAGAUCAGUAAAGGAAUAUAUUUGAUAUUUAAAUGCAGUAAAACUAACAAACUGUAUCAAGAAUUGAAAAUGUGUUUUUAAAAGCAAUAUUAUUGUGAGUAUAACAUAAGUGCCAUAAACUUUUUUUCCCUUUUGUUUAUUCUGUUUGUAUCAAUGUUCUGCCUAAUGGUCGUUUGUUCCAAUCACUAAUACUGUAAGUGCUGAAGGCUUUCAUUAGCUUCAUAGUACAUUGCUGUGUAUCAUCAAUGCUAAUCUAUUGCAACAAAAAUAAAGACUGCAGCAUCUGUCUAUUUAA